GGCAGCGGAGACACUGGCCCGCUCUCGAAUCCAAGGCGUCUCUGUCCGGCAUGGCCAGGUACAGGCUGCUGCUGCUCCUGGCGAUGUGGGUGCUGACCGGGGAGCUGUGGCGGGGGGCCGAGGCCCGGGCAACGUCUUACGGAGUGAAGCUCUGCGGCCGAGAGUUCAUCCGAGCAGUCAUCUUCACCUGCGGGGGCUCCCGGUGGAGGCGAUCGGACAUCCUCGCCCGUGAAGCUAUGGGAGACAGCUUCCCGGAUGCAGACGCUGAUGGAGACCAUCUGGCACACGAGCUGGAUGAGGCUGUGGGGUCCAGCAAGUGGCUGACCCUGACCAAGUCCCCCCAGGCCUUUUACAGGAUGCAACCCAGCUGGCAAGGAAGCCCCCGGGCUCUUCGGGGCAGCCGAGAUGUCCUGGCUGGCCUUUCCAGCAGCUGCUGCAAGUGGGGCUGUAGCAAAAGUGAAAUCAGCAGCCUCUGCUAGUUCGAGGGCUGGGCAGUCAUGGGCGCCAGGACCAAUGCCCCAGUCCUGCCAUCCACUAGACCGGUUUCUGGCUGGGCACCUGCCUUUCCAGCCUCACACAUUCAUUCAUUCAUCUGCAAGUCACAGAGGCCAGGCACUAUGGCCAGGCACAGACUCCCAACCCCACCUGCCCUUUGACCAGCCUGUCAUGACCCUGUCCCCUGAGCAAGCUGUGCCCCUUAUCCUGACCCCUGACCUCUCCCCAGCCCAAACCAUGUGUUUGCCUGGCUUACACACUCCACUGCUACAACUGGGUCCCUACCCUACCUAGACGGGCCACAGGGAGACCCCUGUCCCCUGCCCAGUCCAAACUAUGGCCGUUGUCCCCUGGCCAGCUCAAAUUAAGCCUCUGUCUCAGUCCCGCCUUUGCACGUUUCUUUUCCUUGCCUUCCAGCCUCUUUCCCUCCAACUCCCUUGCCAGAGUUCCAAGGCCAUGGACCCCAGUAAAGGUGGCAUGUGGUCCCCCCAGGAGAGCUCUGGGCACAUGAGAAUCUUCCCAAAUUCCAAUAAUAAAAAUUUCAAGCCUUUG